AGUUUCACCCUUCCGCUUCUUGAAUCUUGCCUUUGGAGCAAUGCCAUCGUUUAGAGCUUUGUUUGCCUUAAUUUCACGUCGAAACGCAAUCAGGAGGAGUCCGAUCACUCGUUGCAUAUCGAAUCAAUUACGUCGAUUCGGGUCCCUUUGCGGCGUCGAGAGAUGCAACUACUCUUCUUCUUAUGGUGAUGCUAGAAGAGUCUCUUUCGGCAAAAGGAGCGUGUUUCAGAGACGGCAUUUUCUGGGAUGCGGAGAUGGGGAAGAAGGUGGUGGUGGUGGUGAGUUAUCAAAGAUCUACCAAGAGCGACGUGUCUUGGGGUAUUCUCAGGAGCAACUGUUUAACGUAGUUCUAGCCGUAGACUUGUACCACGGGUUUGUGCCUUGGUGUCAACGCUCCGAGGUUCUUAAAGAGUACCCAGAUGGGUCUUUCGAUGCAGAACUUGAGAUUGGUUUCAAGUUUCUUGUUGAGAGUUACAUUUCUCAUGUUGAGUUCGAAAGGCCCAAAUGGAUCAAGACAACAGCGAGGGACACCGGCCUGUUUGACCAUUUGAUAAACCUCUGGCAAUUUAAGCCAGGACCAAUUCCAGGAACCUGCGACCUUUCUAUCCUUGUCGAUUUCAAGUUCAACUCACCGCUCUAUCGCCAGGUGGCUUCGAUGUUCUUGAAGGAGGUAGCAACAAGACUCAUGGGGGCAUUUAGUGACCGAUGCAGAUUAGUGUAUGGUCCAGGAGUUCGAAUGGAUGAAAACGCAUUUGGGCAUAGAGCUUGAGAUAGAAGUAACAACCUGAGGGAGACAAAAUCCAUACAUCGGUUAGAAAGGACUGGUUUCACAGUUUGAUCCUUUAAUGAGACAACAAUGUUCUAAGAUUCUGUUUAAUUUUUCCUUGACACCUAACAUAUCAAGUUAUCUGAAUCAUAUGUUGUUUCCAAGAUUGAACUGAUCAAUGAUUGUAACUACAUUUGUCUAGCCAACUUCCGUUGGAUCA